AUGCUGCUUACUACAGCCUUUGAAAACGGCGGCAGGACUGGCCUCGAAUACUGGACGCCGAACUUGAAUCCACGCUGGAGCCGCGUACCUGAGACAUCUGGAGAGGACUCACGACGUAUCAAAGGCUAUGCAGCACACUUUCUUCGAGCAUUCGAAGAAGACCAUGGUGCCGUGUCGAAGAUUCUCGCGGCAUAG